GUCUUCUCCCAAACCCUUCGCCGCGCUGCGGCCCAGUCUGCUGGUGCCUACCGCUCUCCUUUUGCGCCCAAAUACGCCACUCCCUUCCACUACCACGGCAUCACCCUCAACGGUCUGACCAAGUUCGGUACCAUCGCCGGUACUUUCGGUGUCAGCCUUGGCACCUUUGCCAUCUUCUUCUUCGGUGAAAUUCCCCGUGUUCGCAAGGACAUUCUCCAGCAGUUGCCUUUCUUCGAUGAAUACUUUGACCGAAGAAUCGCCCCCGAGGACAACCCCUUCUAAACACUUUUAUUUACGAAAUACAUACCUUCAAUCAUCCCUUUUGUGCAUUGUACGCAAGGAUAUAUCUAUCACUUCAGGGAAAUGUGCGCUCUAGAGUGGGUACGGUCAAGGGAGCGGAGUUGGUGCUGUAUUGUGUAGAAUAGCGAUGAGUUUUGAUAGCACAUAGACACGUCCGCC